AUGGCCUCCUCUCUCACAGCGCAGCUGUCGCAGAUCGCCGCCAAGUCGACUCAUGAGCUCGAUCUUAAGAAGCAGCGUGUCGCCCAUUCACAAUCAUUGAUUUUUGAUAAGAAGAUCGCUGUAUCUCAGGACUUCGAUACAAUCUAUGAUAUUUGCAACGAUGGAUUCCAGGAACUCUGUUCUCUCGAUGCAAGAUUCGAGGAAUUUGCGCGUUCCAUUUUCAGCGAACAGAGCAAGGCCGAAGACCGAACACAAAUGAAUGCCGCUCAAAAUCAAGAACUUGAUUCUGUGAUUGAGUCUUUUUUGGCCCUUGUUGGUGGUCGAUUGCAGCUAAGCCCUGCCGUCAAGGCUGUGGACUGGCUGGUGAGACGUUUUCGGGCUCAUGAAUACAAUACCGCUUUCAUGAUUCUCACAUUUCUACCGUACCAUACGACUCCUCUAUUCUUGAACCUUCUUUCGAUUCUGCCGAAUGACCUAACGCCUACCUUCAAAGUCCUAUACCCAUACAAAAAUGGACUUGUCAACCCCCCACGGCAUCCGAUUGUGCACAGCGCCACUACUAACAAAGAAUUUUUCGCGACGUUGAAUGAAUAUGUAUUGAGUGCUUGUCGGCAAAGGGCCCAAAGUCAGACGUUGGUUUCUUUCUGGGCUGGUAUUGUCACCGAGGCAGUGGCGGGCAUGUUGGAUGCUGCUCGCCAAGGACGCAGAGAAGCAGAGAAGCAGAAACAUGAAGACGUUUUGAUUUGUGUUCUUCCUCUCCUUAGUAGAGCUUUUUCCAUGAAAAAAGUCCCAGAGCUGGUCGUCAGUUGCUAUAUGAUCUCUGUGGUUUUGGCCCAGAAGGCCUCUCUCUCCGAUGAAGUCCUCGAUGGACUAAUGGAAAGUGUGGUCUCUUCCUGGAGCGAGGAAACAUUGAGUUCUGGAAUUAUAUGCCUGUCUGUUUUGGCCCAGCAGAAGCCUUCAAUUGGUCUUCCGAAGAAGGUCUUCAAGGCCAUCGUCCGCAUCGACAAUCCCGUCAAACAACUGGCAGACGCCACUGUGCAAUAUCAAAACUCCAAACUUUUGCUUGGUGUCGUGGCUGGCUGCGUCAGCGAUCUUGACAAGCAGAACGAUAAUACUCGCCUUGCGCUGCUGUCAGCUCUUUUCGAAGCCACUAUCUUGCAGGAGAAUGACCUGAAAGAAGCCAUGCGCCUAGUUCUGAAGGCUGCAAGCAAUACUGAAGAAAACCGCGGCAUGUCUCUUGAUAUCCAAACAGGACUAGCCGAUCUCAUCCAGGGAUUCAUUCGCUCGCCGUCUUCACAGACUCUCUUCCAAAAGGCUCUUGCGGACAGCGCCCUCAACAUUUCCGCGCUCGAGCAUAAUCUGCAAACGGUGGUGGAGGCCCCCAUUCUACCUCCAGCCAUUGAAGAUAUUGAUAUGCAGGAUGUGGAUAUGGAGCAACAGGUGGAUAACUUUAAACCUGCUUUGGAAUCGUUGACCAAGGAACCCCUUUUUGGCUCUUCGUUCCUCAGCCAGCAGUCGAUUCCUCAAUUCGACGCCCUUGUGCAGUUGUUUGCCUUGGCUAUUGAUUCCGAAGACAAGCUCACCCAGUUUACCAAUUUGCGCAUUCUCGGCAGAGCCGACGCCAUAAAAAACCCUCAGUUCAUUUCAUUUUUCACCCGCAUUCUCUCUGGCUCUUACCCUAUCGGAGCCAAGGUUACUGCUUUGAAUACCCUUUCUUCUGUCCUUUCUUCUGUUUCCGGAGACUUCGAUGCCCAGGCUUUGCUGCCAUUCCUGAUCGUUGCUCUUGCCGACCAAUCCGAGCGGAUCCGUCGCGAGGCCACUGGCACUUUGGCCAUAAUUGGCUCUCUGUACAAGAACAACAAGAAGUCCGACGAGGUUAAGCCUUGGGCUUGUGAUGCGAUUUAUGGGAAGGGCAAGCAAUCCACCGGUAUUUCCUGGCUGCCAGCUCGGGAUGUGCAGAAGAUUUUGGAGCGUGCCUUGCUUCCUGGGCUAGAGGAGUAUAUUCUUGACCCUAGCUACAUCGCAAAGGUUAUCGACGCUACCCUGCGAGGAAAUGUCCUAUCUGAAGACUCGGGUGCUUCGGAGCUCAAGAAGUCACUGCGAACUGGUUUCUUUACUUUCCUCUGCUCCCAUGUUAUUCGGAUGCCAAUCUUCUCGCCCAAGUUUGCGCUGCUUCAGAUCUUGAACAGUGUCAAGAAGGUCUCGGGCACGACACGCACCAAGGAACUCCUUCCCUUGCUUCAUUACUGGCGUGAUUUGAGUGAGACAGAGGUUGAUGAGAUUUGCGUCAAGGAGCGGUUGUCUGUUCUUGAGAGCGAGAGCCAAAUCUUUGCCAUUGUCACUCCCAAAGACAGUGAUGCAAUGGAUGUCAUUCUGUCUAUUGUUGGCUCCGGCUCCAAAGCUCCCAGAACCUCGUUUGUCUCUGCUGGCUUUGCUCGCAUGAAGGAUAUUUGGGCCAAAACCGCCGAGGAAACCCAGAUCACGGUCGCCGAGAAGCUUUUGGAUAUCUCUCUUGGAAUCUCCGUUAAUGAAGUCUCUCUGGCAGAUAAUUGCCGUGAUGUUCUUCGCAGUGUUGAACUGUCCGGGCCUAUUCUCAAGAACUUCGUGCAGAAGAUCCCUGUUUCCCUAACUGAUAUUGAAGCCCUAGGUCCGGCGCCGAAGCGCAGACGCACCAGUCAGAAUAAUAUGGUCGCCAUGACUGUGAAGGAUGAGGCUGAGCUCAGCAAGCUCAUGGAUAAGAUGACUUUCAUUCUGGAGGUUAUCGACAGCUCGAGCCCCGAUGCCCACCCUGAGCUCACGGAUGGUCUCUUCCAGACUCUUGCUGCUCUUCACCACUUCAAAUCUCAGAUUCAGUCUGGCAUGAGCUACCUCUUGAGCCUGACCCUGGGAAGUCUCCUGGCUAUUGUGAACAAGUCUAAGGAAUUCGCUAAGCCUUUGUUCGAUACUUCGGUCAUUCGUGCCGAUCUGGUUGUCGAUUGUGUGCGGACCACCGACAGCCCUCAGGUACAGAACGCCGCCCUACUUCUCGUUGCCGGCCUAUCUGUCCUCGCUCCCGAGUUGGUUCUUCAUAGCGUGAUGCCCAUUUUCACAUUUAUGGGCUCCAGUGUGCUCCGCAAGGAUGAUGAUUAUUCAGUCUCAGUUAUCGAUCAAACCAUUGACCAGGUUGUUCCGGCCCUGAUCCAGUCCCUUCGCAAACAGAAGCGAGACAUAGUUUCGGGAACUUCGGAGUUGCUGCUCAGCUUCACAGCUGCAUUUGAACAUAUUCCGUCGCACCGUCGUCUGCGUCUUUUCCAUGCGUUGAUCAGCAAGCUCGGUACUCAGGAUUUCCUAUUUGCUGUCCUUGCUAUGCUCGCCAAUCGGUACUCCGUUGACAAGGAUGUCCUCACUCUCAUGACUGGGUUGGCCUCUGAUACCACCCCUAUUGUGGAGCUUACAACCUAUAGCAAGUAUUUGAACCUGGUUAUCGAUGCGUUCAAGCCCAAACCUGGUAUCUCGCAAGUCUUGCUUGGAAUCGGCAGUGAUGAUGGCCGUGAUGCCCAGAAGGUUGCUGUAGAUUUGCUGCGCGAUCUCGCCCACCUGUUCAAGCAUUCUUCACUCAAGUCGAAGCUGGAGGAUGCAUUCGAAACCGAAGAUGAAGUUGCCGAUCAAGUUCGGGCUUGCUUCUCCCGCGUUCUGGAGCAGGUCCUCGUCAUUGGCGAGUCUGUUCAGAGCAUGAAGCCUGUCAGCCAGGCUUGUGGUGAGCUUCUGGGGGCAUUGUUCGGCACUCUGUCCCUCGUUGACUUCCUGGACACGAUUGAGGUUCUUCUCCAGGGUCCUAAUGACGAUCUCCGCCGGAAGGUUCUUCGUCUUCUGGAGAACCGUUUGCGUCAGACUCCCGAGCGUGACGGCGAGUCUCAGAUCAGGGUCCUUGAUUUCCUGCCUACUCUGGUUAGCAUCGUCGAGUCCUCGCCCGACUCACUGCUCAAGCACGCUGCCGUUGCUUGCAUUGAUCGCAUUGCUGAGAAAUACGGCCGCAAGGAUCCCUCCAAAGUCAUUCCUGCUGCUAAAAUCGUUGCUAGCUCCUCCUGUCUUGGUGAGAGUGAUGAACGCAUUCGCAUCAUGGGUAUUCUCUGUCUCGCAUCAAUGGCGGAGGUUCUCGGUCAAUCAAUGAUUCCUGCUCUUCCAGACACACUCUCUCAGUCUCUGAACUUGUUGGAGCUCAGUAUGACCCCCGACAAUGAGAACUCACGACUUCACGAUGCAGUUUUCUCCCUCUAUUCUGCUCUCCUUGUCCACCUGCCGUUCAUGAUGUCUGCCGGUCAUCUGGACAAGAUUCUGCUGCUGGCCUUCAAGUCUACCAAUGCUGAUCUCGAAGAUGGCUCUGAUGACAGCCGCCGGGAGACUCUUCGCUUGAUGGCAUCUCGCAAGAUGGAUCUUGGCACUACCCUUGGUGCCAUCGACCGGAACUGGCAGCACGCUGUUGAAGCUGGCCCCACUGCCGUGAACGAAGUCUUAGAGGUUCUCAACCUUGCUGUUGAGAAGAAUCCCAAGUCCAGCAUAUCUAAGAACGUCGAUCUCUUGGCUAAGAUCUUGUUCCAUGCAUUUGAUCUGCGACGUGAACAACUUACCCUUGGCGAUGCAGCUGAUUUCGAGGCCUCUGAUUUGGAGGAGGCCGAGGCUUCAUUGAAUGAUGUCACGAUCAAGAUGAUCUACAAGCUAAACGACAGUACCUUCCGGCCCCUGUUUAUCAAGCUUGUUGAAUGGGCUACCACCGGCAUUUCCAAAAAGGAUGAGCAGGGCCAAAUCUCGCGUCUCACGACCUUCUACAAGUUCCUCCAAGUAUUCUUUGGCACUUUGCAGUCCAUUGUCACUGGCUAUUCCAACUACAUCCUUGAGAAUGUGGUACAGAUCUUGGGCACAGCUGGACCGGCCAAGGCUACUCGGGCUUUGUGGCUGGCCGCCUUGCGCACGCUCCGUAACUCAUUUGAACAUGAUCAAGAUGAAUUCUGGCAAUCUCCUUCGCAUCUGGCCACCAUCUCUGGACCUCUUAUUUCGCAGCUUGCUCACGCUACUACCCUUAAGACGGCGGGGCUUAUUAUUGAAGAAGUUGUCCCUACGAUCACCGAGUUGGCUGUCGCUGCCGACUCCACCGACAACCACAAGGAGCUCAACACCGCUCUGAUGAAGUACCUCCGUCCUUCUUCUGCUCCCAAUGCCAAGUCGACCGAUGGAGAUAACCCGUUUACCCGUCUGGCUGCCCUGAAGACCGAGCAGGCGCUGACCGAGCAGCUCGGCGAGGAGUGGCUCGCCCUUCUGCCGGAGAUGCUGCCUUACAUCAGUGAGCUAAUGGAAGAUGAAGAUGAGAGCGUGGAGCGAGAAGUGAGGAAGUGGGUGAAGCAGAUUGAGAAUGUGCUGGGUGAGCGUCUUGAUGAUAUGUUGACCUAG